AUGGUGCGCGUUAUCAUUAAAGGUGGUGUAUGGAGAAAUACUGAGGAUGAAAUUCUCAAAGCUGCUAUUAUGAAAUAUGGGAAGAAUCAAUGGAGUCGUAUCGCAUCUCUUUUGCAUAGGAAAUCUGCAAAACAAUGCAAGGCUCGUUGGUACGAAUGGUUGGAUCCUGGGAUUAAGAAAACGGAAUGGUCACGAACGGAAGACGAAAAGUUAUUGCAUUUGGCAAAGCUUAUGCCGACACAGUGGCGAACAAUCGCACCAAUAGUUGGGCGGACAGCUGCUCAAUGUUUAGAACGUUACGAACAUCUACUGGAUGAGGCCCAGAAAAAGGCGGAACAAAUGGACGAAAGUGAAGAUCUGAAUGAUGCUAGAAAGUUAAGGCCAGGUGAAAUAGACCCAACGCCUGAAACUAAACCAGCAAGACCUGAUCCAAUUGAUAUGGACGAAGAUGAACUUGAGAUGCUUUCUGAGGCUCGUGCAAGAUUAGCGAAUACGCAAGGCAAAAAGGCAAAGCGCAAGGCUCGCGAGAAACAACUUUCAGAAGCUCGUCGUCUUGCUUCGCUGCAAAAACGACGUGAAUUGCGUGCUGCAGGUAUACCAUGGGGGCAACACAAAUUUCACCGUAGAAAUCCUUUAUAUAUUGAUUACAGUGCAGAGAUUCCAUUUGAAAAACCUGUACCACCAGGAUUUUAUGACCCAUCAGAGGAUAAAUUUGAAAAGGAUACAACAUUCAAAAAGCAGACUCGGGCCGAAAUUGAAGGUGUUCGACGUGACGACAUCGAAAACGAGGAACGUAAAAAGGAUCGCGAGAAGUUAAAAAAGAGAAGAGCCGAGGGUAAUCCUGAAUCGAUUUUUGAACAGAAAGUUGAAAAGAAACGUUCAAAACUUAUUUUGCCAUCUCCACAAAUAUCAGAUAAAGAAAUGGAAGAAAUUGUUAAGAUUGGACAGGCAACAGAUACUAUUCGCGAAUUUAAUGAUAACAAUCCAACAAGUACACUUUUGCAUGAUUAUCAAAUGCCGAUACAUGAAAAUACUGCUCGGACAGCACGCACGCCAUCCAUGUACGCCGAUGCUUUGCAGAAGGAAGCCGAAAAUAUGCUUGCACUACAGAAUGUUCAAACACCGUUGAAAGGAGGUGUAAAUACACCAUUACAUGAUUUAAAUUUGCAGUCGGCUUUACCACAGGAUCGUUCUGUUGUUACUCCGAAUACCGUCCUUUCAAAUAUUGCAGCUACGCCUUCUUCAAUUUUACAAGGAACAACAGGACAGUCAGAACCUGCUACACCAUCUAGUACACCAUUCCGGGACCAAUUGAGUAUUAAUAAUCCACAGUUACCGUGUGAUUCACGUAGUGAGCUGAAGAAAGCAUUGAGUUCGUUACCAUCACCGCGAAAUGAAUUUGUCAUCAUGGUACCACCUGAAGAAAUUGAAGCAUCACAGGAGGAAACAACUGAAUGGGUGGAGGAUGCCAGUGAUGUGGAUGCGCAAAAUGCAGAAGCGCGUGAAUUGUUGCGUAUCCAGAAACUGAAAAAAGAAUCGCAGGUUAUACAACGUGGAUUACCAAUACCAUCAAAAAUUAAUGAACAGAGUUUCAAACCAAUUUCAGGCAAGAGUGACAUUGCCAAGGCAGAUGAUGUGAUUAAAGCUGAAAUGUUUGGUAUCUUGAAGCAUGACGUUGAUAAACACCCAAUCGAUGAUAUUUCGCUAGAGGAUCUAGAAGAAGCAGGAAAAAUAAUACAAAAUGAGUUGCGACCGGAAGAGUAUACCAGUUUGAACUCAAAUCUGUGGGCUGUUAUUGAACAGUGUUCAUCGGAACUAAUCUUGGCACAAAAUAAAUUUACUCGUCUCGGCGUUCUACCGAAAAAGGAUCAAAUUGAUGCUCUUUCAGCUAAAUUCCAGCUUUAUCGAGACUGGAUGAAUACACGUGCAAAAAAAACUGCAAAAAUGGAGAAGAAAUUAAAAGUGAAAUUGGCUGGUUAUCAGAGCAUCGGACAACAUUUGAUAAAAUUAAUCGAAGAAGUAAGAGCAGAAUUGGAAGCAUGUAAGCGUGAAAAAGCUACAUUUGAAUUGUUAGAAAAGAAUGAGGAGAAAGCAAUUAGAAAGCGAUUAAACAAACUUACGGAAGAGGUCACGCAGCAGGAAAAGCGUGAAAAAGAAUUGCAGAAACGUUACGAUGAACUCAUGCAAGAGAAGUGGAAUAUUGGACAAACACUUGUACGAAUGGACGCUACAAUCACUGCUCAACCUGUUACGUAUCAGUAG